GUAUCUCAGCUAAAAUCAGAGUUGAACUAAAACUCACAGAGAGUGUGUGAAAAUGGCGAUCCAAAUUCCGAGCCGGCAACUCUUCAUCGGCGGCGAGUGGAGGGAACCAGUUCUCAAGAAACGCAUCCCUGUCAUCAACCCAGCCACCGAACAAGCCAUCGGGGAUAUUCCGGCAGCUACUGCUGAAGAUGUGGAGAUUGCGGUGGAGGCGGCUCGGAAAGCCCUUGCCAGGAACAAGGGGAAAGAUUGGGCUUCGGCACCGGGGGCGGUUCGUGCUAAGUAUUUGCGAGCCAUUGCUGCUAAGAUAACAGAGAGGAAAUCUGAGCUUGCGAAACUUGAAGCAAGUGAUUGUGGAAAACCACUGGAUGAAGCCGUAUGGGACAUGGAAGAUGUGGCCGGGUGUUUUGAGUACUACGCGGACCUUGCUGAAGGUUUGGAUAAACAGCAAAAGCUUUCUAUUUCACUUCCAAUGGAAACGUUUAAAUCUCAUGUUCUGAAGGAGCCCAUCGGGGUUGUUGCGUUGAUUACUCCAUGGAACUACCCUUUAUUAAUGGCUACGUGGAAGGUAGCUCCUGCCUUGGCUGCUGGGUGUGCUGCAAUACUGAAGCCGUCUGAGGUGGCAUCGGUAACUUGUUUGGAGCUAGCUGAGGUGUGUAGAGAGAUUGGUCUUCCUCCUGGUGUCCUCAAUAUUCUGACUGGGCUGGGCCAUGAAGCUGGCGCUCCUUUGGCAUCUCACCCCCAUGUUGAUAAGAUUGCAUUUACUGGAAGUACUCUCACAGGGAGCAAGAUUAUGUCAGCAGCGGCUCAACAGGUCAAGCCUGUUUCUUUGGAGCUUGGAGGGAAAAGCCCAAUUGUUGUUUUUGACGAUGUUGAUAUUGACAAAGCUGCUGAAUGGACGGCCUUUGGCGUCUUUUGGACAAACGGUCAGAUUUGCAGUGCAACAUCCCGUCUUAUAGUGCAUGAAAGCAUCGCUGCAAAAUUCGUAGACAGACUUGUUGAAUGGUGCAAAAACAUCAAGAUUUCAGAUCCUAUGGAAGAAGGUUGCAGGCUUGGCCCUGUUGUUUCUGAAGGGCAGUAUCAGAAAAUAUUGAAGUUCAUCUCAACAGCUAAGAGUGAAGGCGCAAAAGUUUUGUCUGGUGGGGUUCGUCCUGAGCAUCUAAAGAAAGGAUUUUAUGUUGAACCAACCAUCAUAACCGAUGUCAAAAACUCCAUGCAAAUUUGGAGAGAAGAAGUUUUCGGACCUGUUCUUUGUGUCAAAACAUUCAGUUCAGAAGAAGAAGCUAUUGAAUUAGCAAAUGACACCCAAUUUGGCUUGGGUGCUGCUGUCAUAUCGAAUGAUUUAGAAAGGUGUGAGCGCGUUGCUAAGGCCUUUCAGGCAGGAAUUGUCUGGAUCAAUUGUUCACAACCAUGCUUCACUCAGGCUCCUUGGGGAGGCAACAAACGUAGUGGUUUCGGGCGUGAAUUAGGGACAUGGGGACUUGAUAAUUACAUGACCGUGAAGCAGGUUACUCAAUAUAUAUCUGAUGAACCUUGGGGUUGGUACAAGUCGCCUUCAAAACUGUGAAAGUUUCCUACAAAGGAACCGGGUAAACUGUAAGCUUGCUGAUAUAGAUGAAAUAAGGGGUUAAUUGUACUAAAUUGGAUGUAAGAAUUUUCUGAAAUAACUAGUAAAAGCUUUGUAACUGUGGGUUCACAUGUUUUGAAUUCAGAGGUACAUCGAGGGUAAUAGUGAUAUAUUAGCUGUGUUGCAGUGACAGUGUCAGUCACUUGUGGGAUAGUACAACUUGUAUGUGAAAGGAUUAAGGAUUACAAUAAGUUCUGUAGGCUGGAUCUAACGUUGGAAGGUGGAACAUAUGCAAAACUAGCCCAAAGUCUUGGGUUGUUCUUAA